GCCGUUGGAAAGCCCCAGAAACCCAACGAGAUCCGACUUCUGCUUCCAUGACUAAAAGGGGUGCAGGUAUUCCGCCGGGCGCCAUCCUUUUCCUUCCCAGUGGAUGCUCUAAGCUGCUAGACCUCAGUGAGGCUCUCGCCCACUAGGAUUCAGACAGGGUGCUCCUGGCAGGCAAGCAACCUACUGAUUUCUUGGCCACUUUUCCAGUGCCUCUUUUUCUUUUUUUAAUCGCCCAACGCUCUCUGAGUGUGCUGAGAAGGAAGCCAGCCCUCUCUCUCCUCCAAGUUCCUUGCGGGGGUCUCCCCAGUGCCAAUGGGCCCGAAUCGGACUCCCGGCUUCGCAGGCAGCCUGCCCCGCCAGUGCAGCAACCUCACCACCCUGCAGUCAGACAGCAACCCCACCCUCAGCUCCUUUAUGUUUGCGGCGGGGGUGGUGGGCAACCUGGCAGCCUUGGCCAUCCUUGGGGUCCACCGGAAAGACCAGCGGGCCAAGACCUCAUCCUUCUGCAUCCUGGUGACCGGCCUGGUGGUCACUGACCUGGCGGGCACCUGCGUGGUCUCUCCGGUGGUGUUCAUAGCCUAUUCCUGCAACUCCACGCUGGUGGGCAUGAUGGGGGGCCAGCACUGGCUGUGUGACUUCUUUGCCUUCUCCAUGAUGUUCUUCAGCCUGGCGGCCAUGUUCCUUCUCUGCGCCAUGGCCAUGGAACGCUGCCUGGCCAUCAGCUACCCUUACGUCUACUCACAGCACCACGUCCGGCGGUGGGUCAAACUCUGCCUGCCCCUCACUUACCUCUUCAGCGGUCUCUUCUGCGCCCUGCCCUUUCUGAAAGUGGGCAAGUUCAAGCAAUACUGUCCGGGCACCUGGUGCUUCGUCCAGAUGGACAAGGACAUGGACCUGGGCUACAAGGACGUGGCUUUCUCCUUGUGCUACGCCACUGUCAUGGCGCUCCUGAUCACGGCCAUCUUCUUCUGCAACUGGCUGGUCAUCCUCAGCCUCUGCCAGAUGUACCAGAAGCAGAGACACCGCCGUCGGGGGUCCCUCAGCACCAGCCAGCGCCGGAAGAAGAGCUGGUUCAGCCAAGGGGAGGAGGAGGUGGACUACCUGAUCUUGCUCGCUCUCAUGACUGUCAUCUUUGUCAUCUGCUCAUUGCCACUCACGAUCAGAGCCUACAUCGGUGGCAUCGAUCCGGACCACAGCGAGGCAGCUGACAUGGUUGCCUUCCGCCUGAGCGCCCUCAACCCCAUCGUGGACCCCUGGCUCUUCAUUGUCUUCCGCCAUGCCGUCUUCCACAGCCUCCGCCGUUUCUUCUGCUACCAGCUCAGCUGGCCCUGCUGGUUUAGGCCACCCAAAGGGACGACCACGCUUGGGACUCAGGAGAGCCUGCCCUGCCAAGCCCAGUCGGUCUGCUGAGAAAGGCCCUGCUCAAACUUCGGAAUUUGGGGCUCCCGGGCAGGGGGAAGGGGGCAAGUGGGGAGGGCCUGGGGAGCUGUGUGGGAAGGGCCCCCUCCGCCAUCUCCCAGGGUCUGAGAAUCAAACGGAAGAAGCAUCAUCUCCUUGGAAUUGCUGACGAGGAAAAAUAACAAGAGUUGGAAGGGAUCGUGGAGGUCUUCUAGUCCAACCCAGGUUGAGAAACAUUAAGGGUGUCUGAUAAGGGCUUGGGGUGCAGGAGAAGGAAAGGUCCAUUCUGCCCCCAAAUGGGGGCUGAAUUGGAGGGAGGGGCUGGAAGAAACACAAGGGAACAACCUGGGGGGGGGUUACUUUGUACCUCUUCAUUUUCAACACCCUUCUCAGACUGUGUAUAGUUACUGAUGCUGGUCAAAGGCUGACUCACAUUUGGGUACCACUUCAUACAGGAUGCUGCUGGUCACACUCAAUCGCUCCGGAGAACCUGGACAGGUCUUGAAUAAAUAAAG